UUUUCAUCUCCUGAUGCCAACUAAAUGCUCUCCAGCUCGUGACACACCUGCAUACCCGUCUUUAAGGACAGCAAGAAAAGGCAGAAAUGGGGUAACGACUGGCUUCAGCUUUGAGUCCUGGAGGAGCAGGAGGAGUGAGGGGUGAACUUGGAAGGAUAUUCCCAGAAGAUGAGAGACUAUUGCCUAGAAGAAAAGAUGUUUGGUUUUCACAAGCCAAAGAUGUACCGAAGUAUAGAAGGCUGCUGUAUUUGCAGAGCUAAGUCCUCCAGUUCUCGAUUCACGGACAGUAAGCGCUAUGAGAAGGAUUUCCAGAGCUGUUUUGGGUUGCAUGAGACACGUUCAGGAGACAUCUGUAAUGCCUGUGUCCUGCUUGUGAAAAGAUGGAAGAAAUUGCCAGCAGGAUCCAAAAAAAACUGGAAUCACGUGGUAGAUGCAAGGGCAGGACCCAGCCUGAAGACUACACUGAAACCAAAGAAAGUGAAAACUCUAUCUGGAAACAGGAUAAAAAGCAACCAGAUCAGCAAACUACAGAAGGAAUUUAAACGUCAUAAUUCUGAUGCUCACAGCACCACCUCAAGUGCCUCCCCAGCCCAGUCUCCUUGUUACAGUAACCAGUCAGAUGAGGGCUCAGAUACAGAGGUGGCUUCGGGCUCCAGCAGAACGCCAGUUUUUUCCUUUUUAGAUCUCACGUACUGGAAAAGACAGAAAAUAUGUUGUGGGAUUAUCUAUAAAGGCCGCUUUGGGGAAGUCCUCAUUGACACUCACCUCUUCAAGCCUUGCUGCAGCAACAAGAAGGCGACUGCAGAGAAGCCGGAGGAGCCCAGCCCAGAGCCUCUGCCCAUCUCCACCCAGGAGUGGUGACUGAGGUGUAUGUAGAAGGGGAACAGGAAAUGAUUGAAAUUUUAGGGGGGAAAAAACCCAAAACACAGCAACAAAAUGACCUUCCUGUUUUUCACUUGGAUACCUGCUAUUCUGCCAAAAGACAAUUUCUAGAAUAGUUCCGAAUGGGUUAUUUUUUCCUCCACUUCCACAAGUUCCACCAACUCUGAAGCCAGUGUCUAGCUUACUAAAAGGAAAAACAGACAUGUACAUAAUAUUUAAGAUGCUGAGUAUUUCAUAGGAAAGCUGAAUGCUGCUGUAAAGUGCUCUUUAAUUCUUUUUCUUUUAAAUCCCCUUCUCAUGAAUGAAAUUAGGGGGACUUCAGGGGACAGAGAUGGGAUUUGUUGUAUGAUAAACGUACGUAGUUUUUAGUCUUUCUAUAUUGAGAAGCAGUGGUUGGGGCAUUUUUAAAGAUGGCUGACUACACUUGUUUUCCUUCAUGAUCAUGAAUUUGUCAUAAACCAGUAACCUGGACUUGCCCCUCGAGGUAGUUGUUAAUAAUUUUAUAAAUAUUAAGGUCUUGCCAAGGUUCUGAGGAUUCAAACCUGUACUACUGAAUAUUAAGCAGGACAGAAUAAGCUCUCUGGUACAAAUACCUUGAAGGAGUCAUUUCUAAAUAUACAAAGAGGUAACUGGACUGUAUAUGUUGUAUCCUGUGUCACCUCCUUCAUAUUGCUAUUUGAUGAAGAUUUUAAUUUAUAUGAAACUUCUAAAGCAGAAUCGAAGCUCCUCUUGGGGAAAUGUCAAGCAAGUCUUCAGGAUAAGCAAUCUUAAUAUAGACAGUACCAAAGCUUUAUUUUACCACAUGGGAGAGAACACACUCUAUGAAACAUGUUCAGAUAUCUGAAAAAACGUGCAGGCUUUCAGGAUAGCAUAAAAAUAACAAAGGUUGAUGCUUCUGGGGGCACGCUUCUCAGAGGGGCUCGCUGAGUGUGUAAAUAAUUGACUUUGGCUCGUGUUGCUUACCGGUGACUUCAUUGGAAAUCUACACAAUUCAGUUUUAGCUCUGGAUUACUUCAGUUGACCUUUGUGAAGGUUUUAUCUGUGUAGAGUGUUUGUUCAACUUGUUUUAAUGUAUGAGGGUUUUAGCGUCUCCCCCUACCACUAUAUUAAAGUAAAAUGCUAGUAAAAGAAAAGAGGUGUGUUAAUGCUGAGUGGGUUUGGCUUUUUGUAGUCAGGUUUUCUGAACAUUGAGAUUUUACAUGAUAAAUCCUGAACGUGGGGCCCUUCGGUUCUAAAAUUUUUAUGAAAAGCCUGUUCCUUGAACUCAAACCCAAGUACUCUCAUUGCCUCUUUUCUAUCAAUUCAGGAAGAAUAUUACCGGUUCACACUUUUUCAGAACGAGGGAGGAUCAUUUUCCGACCUUAU